UCUUGAGCAAAUAUGAUCGGGAUCGAAAAUCAUCCAGUGCGUAAAUAAAAUGUACAUCGUGAGCAAGAAGACUGUUUCAGUCAUCUUAAAUUUUCUGUUGUUGGUGAUUGUUCUUCUGUCUUGGGUAUACGCAAUUGUAGCUGGAAGAUAUGCAGCAGUGAAACAACUCAACAAGGACUACCCUACCUCAUAAAUUCACACUAUGGAAGUGGUCCGAGAAAAUUCAGCUAUGCUGAGUAACUUUGAAGUGUAUAGCUUACUGACAGACAUACAGGCAGGGAGAGGCCAAAACAAACCAAACAAGCAACAGCAGCAGCUAGCUACAAUAACAUAUGAGACAAUCAAGUAUCUAGAAACAAAACCAUGUAAAAACCAAACCCAGGAAAACAUCACUGAAUUCAUGAAAGAACUAGAGCCUUACAGUUUAACUAGGGCUGAAAAGUUGCAGAUUUUGAAUUUGUGCCCCACAACGGCGGUAGAAAUUCAGUUAAUUGUGGAGGAGAGUGAGGAACGGCUCACAGAGGAGCAAAUCUAUGGCUUGUUAGAGAUCAUAGCUAAAUAUAACCCGACGGAGGGGGAGCAGGAGGAAGAUACCUCAGGUGAAAUCGAGCCCAUGAAUGAAUGACUGUGACCAUCACUCUGUAGCUUAAUAUAUGCAUCAGAGCGAAAAACAUAUCAAUUCCUAGACUGUUAAAUAAAAAAAGUUUAAAUUUUUGUCCAGUCUUAUAGUUUAAUGGUCAGUCUCUUGUAGAUUUAUGUACAUGUAUAUAUAAAUUGUGUUGAAUACAUGUAGUGUUUGUACACAAUCAGUACCGGGAGUUUGAUUUUGUGUAUAUAAUUUUUUGCAUGGUUCCAUCAUAUACAAUACUUGAAGUCAAUUAUUUUUUGAGUCUUAAAAUAGUACUCAAUAUAGAAAUGUCUAUAAAUGACAAUUUUAUCAAAGUUUCAUGUUAUAAGCAGAAAUGUAAGAUGUGUCAUUAUGUAAUCUAAACAAACUUUAAUAUCACUUAUUAUUUUAAAGUCAACUUUUUAAAAGUCAAUUUUUUAAAAAGAAAAAUUUUAAAUCAAGGUUUGUAAGGACUUGAUUGUGCCAUUGAAGAAGUAGUGAGUUGCUACACAUUUCCAUUUUAUUUUGUGGAGCAUCUGAACAUGUGGAGAAAAAAGGGACAUCAUUAGUGAUUUUCUAAGGCCUAACACUUUUACAUGAGGCAUGUCUCCAUAAAUGGGAAAAAUUCUGGAGAGGGACAUUAAACAUAAUACAAAUAAACAAAACAAAAUGAUUUAUAAGUAAUGAAUUUUGAUUGAUCAGCAUAAAUCACAAGUUGCUAGCCCGUACAUUUUGGUGUUAAAUUGCUUUUAAUUUUUGUUAUACUUCAGUAAUUUUGAUAUACAUUAUUUUGAAAAUUAAAAUAGUUUAAUUGAAAAGACCUUUUUAAGGUUUUCCAUCAUUUGAAGGUCUGUGUUGGUUAUUCACAAUAGAUAUGUUCUAAGCAUCA